AUGAAAUUCACGUUGCCUGAAAACGCCUUCCCCGAGUUAAUUCUAUCGAAGGAACAGCAGCAAGAACUGAUUGACGAAGCUGAGACGGUGGUGCGAGAUACUCUCGCUGCAAAUGAAGCCUUCCGCGCUGAUGGGGCCACGUUCAAAGACCCGAGAUGGAAAUUGGUCCGCGCAAAAGACGGACUAAAUGAAAUGCGCCGUCCUGCGGGGUUCCAGAUGAUACUUCAUGGAGCUGUGGACGGCAAGUUGGAUGACGCGAUGUUCGGGACCUUCGCCGCCACAAAUCAGGCCUGGAUGUGGCGUAGCUCCCAUAUCAACGACCGUCUUGACGACGCGCGUGUACUGGCGACUAUAAGAGGACCUACAAAGGAAGACCCAUUCCGGUUUCUAGGCGUGAAAUGGUUCGUCAAAGAGCGUCCUGCUGUCCUGACGGGUCUAGUUCAACAGCGAGACUACCUCAUUCUCGAGGCCACGGGGCUUACUGUGGACUCUCAGGGCGAAAAAGUGGGCUACUACCUCAUGCAUUCCAUCAAACUGCCUCGAAUGGUCCCGGAAUUAAACGAAUUGGGUCUUCUUCGAGGAGUUUUGAGUCUUUGUUUCAUCGAUCGUCAGCGUGGGAAAAAUAAGGUUGAAAAGUACUGUCGCAGUUUCAGCGACCCUCGAGGCAAAAUCAUUGAUCGAGUGGCUGUUGCCGUCACCGCCGAGUCGCUGAUCUGUGCUGCCAGUAUCGUCGACUAUGCGUAUAUCAAGAAGCUGACGUGGCUGAUGAGGCACAAAGGCGGUCAAAGUGCGUCGAAUGAGCAUCAGAUUCGACGUGAUUCUGGACCGCGACCCAAAUGUUGCGAAAGCUGUGGCAAAAGUUUUGCCAAAUUUUCAUUUUCGAGCGCUGGAAUGGGUGCAGAUUGCCAAAUUUGUCGCCGCGUGGUGUGCAGUAAGUGCAGCGUCGUCAAGAAAAUGACAGUAGAUGUGUCGAACACUGGCGCAGUGAAACAAUGCGCACUACGGUUCUGUCUCGAGUGUCUACAUGAAGCAAAGGAGCUGUAA